UUCCGGGUCUAGCCCCUCCCACACUCGUUCGUUUCUGGGACUUCCGUGAAACCUGACAGCCGUCCAGGGCCAAACAGACCGUUGAGGGUUGCAGUCAUGUCGGCCGCGACGGGGACCAGCAAGACGGGCCACGGCGACGGGGCCGCCAAGAAGAAGAAGGGCCCCGGGGCGCUGGCCACGGCCUACCUGGUCAUCUACAACGUUGUCAUGACAGCGGGGUGGCUGGUGAUCGCUGUGGGUCUGGUCAGAGCUUACCUGGCCAGAGGAAGCUACCAUGGGCUCUACUACUCUAUAGAGAAGCCUCUGAAGUUCUUUCAGACCGGAGCUCUGCUGGAGAUUCUACACUGUGCUGUCGGUAUCGUCCCGUCCUCCGUGGUCCUGACCGGGUUCCAGGUCAUGUCGCGGGUCUUCCUCACCUGGGCCGUCACUCACAGCGUCAGGGAGGUGCAGAGUGAGGACAGUGUGCUGCUGUUCGUCUCGGCCUGGACCGUCACGGAGAUCAUCCGCUACUCCUUCUACACCUUCAGCCUCCUGAACCACCUGCCCUACCUCAUCAAGUGGGCCAGGUACACCUUCUUCUUCGCCCUGUACCCGAUGGGCGUGAGCGGCGAGCUGCUGACCAUCUACGCGGCGCUGCCCUUCGUCCAGAAGACGGGGCUGUACUCCGUCACGCUGCCCAACAAGUACAACUUCUCCUUCGACUACCACGCCUUCCUCAUCCUCGUCAUGGUCUCCUACAUCCCCCUCUUCCCCCAGCUGUAUUUCCACAUGAUCCGGCAGAGGAAGAAGGUGCUGGGCCACGUGGAGGACUACAGCAAAGUGGAGUGAGUCCAGCAGCAGCCUGACAGACCUGACGCAGGGAAAAGAAACCAAACUGCCAACAGGAAGAAGUCACGAGCCGGCUGUUCAAAACCGGCAGGAGAUCUAAACUUUAUUGUUUUUUAAUUUGUAUUAUUUCCUCCAGCUGUUGUCCGGGUCGUAUAGACGCUCACGUGUUGUUGUUUAUAUUUAUCAACAAUCCUCUGAUCGACUGCACUGAUGGGAUCAAUAACAACAGAGGGGUGCAGGCUGCGGUCCAGAUGUGUGAUUAAUCUCUCUUUUUGUCUUCUUUCAUUCAUUUCAGUCAGAAGUCUGAUUACAUUCCUGAUCAAUAAACCCGUUUCAUUGUGCGGUCGCAUGGUUUCUACGUGUUUCAGUGAUGAGUUGUCUUCAUCGUUUGAUGUUCACCUGGUUUUCACGUUAAUAACAUGUUUCAUCUCUCUUCAUGA